CACUCUCACUUAGGGUUUUAGCUGCGACACCCGUAUCCUCUUCCUCGAGAGCGAGAGAGCGAGCGGAAAUGCCUGCUGGUCACGGUCUUCGUUCUCGGACCCGAGAUCUCUUCGCUCGGCCCUUCAGGAAGAAGGGUUACAUCCCCCUUACCACCUACCUUAGGACCUAUAAGAUCGGUGACUAUGUCGACAUCAAAGUGAACGGCGCCGUCCAUAAGGGUAUGCCCCACAAGUUCUACCAUGGCCGCACUGGCAGAGUCUGGAACGUUACCAAGCGCGCCAUCGGCGUCGAGAUCAACAAGCAGGUGGGUAACAGAAUUAUCAGGAAGAGGAUCCAUGUUCGUGUGGAGCACGUGUUGCCCUCAAGGUGCACGGAGGAUUUCCGUCUGAGGAAGCUUAAGAAUGAUCAGUUGAAGGCUGAGGCAAAGUCAAAAGGUGAGAUCAUUAGCACCAAGAGGCAGCCAGAGGGCCCUAAACCAGGUUUCAUGGUGGAGGGGGCGACAUUGGAGACAGUGACUCCCAUUCCUUACGAUGUUGUCAACGAUCUUAAGGGUGGUUACUAGGUCUUUGCUGUUGUUCGUCAGCUUUCUUAUCCAAAUUUGUCCUUUGUUAGUUUCUUAACUUUUGGAAAAGAUAUUUUGAUUUCUACAUCGGAAGAGAGUUGCGGUUUGUUUUCAUUUGGUGUUAAAUACAUGGAUGUUUCUCUAUUAAAUAUCAAAGUUUUGGUUGAAUGUUGGAAUA